GGCCAGCAUUCCAUGGCAGUUGGGUCAUGCUGGCUAGGUGUGGUCAAUGGCUCCUUUGCCAAGAUCUUUUUCAACUGGCUACUGCUGCAUCAACACCAAGAAAUAGGUUUGCUGGUUGCCACCAUGGCCCAGAGGGCCUUCCCGAAUCCCUUCGCAGACUAUGACAAAUCCUUGGCCACGGGAUACUUUGACUCUGCGGGGAGGCUGACUCCUGAGUUCACUCAGCACCUCAACAAUAAGAUCAGGGAGCUUCUGCAGCAGAUGGAAAGGGGCCUGAAGUCUGCCGACCCCAGGGACUGCACUGGCUACACCGGCUGGGCAGGCAUUGCUUUGCUAUACUUACAUCUGUAUAAUGUCUAUGGAGACCCAUCCUUCCUCCAGAUGGCCCAGGAAUAUGUCAAGAAGAGCCUGAGCUGCCUGACAAAGCGAUCCAUCACCUUCUUGUGUGGGGAUGCUGGACCUCUGGCAGUGGCUGCUGUGGUAUUCCACAAGCUGCAGAACGACAAGCAAGCAGAAGAUUGCAUUGCCCGCUUGCUUCAUCUGCCCAAACUUGACCCUCGGGUCCCUGACGAGAUGCUCUAUGGACGUAUGGGGUACUUGUAUGCUUUGCUAUUUGUGAACAAACAAUUUGGAGAGGAAAAGAUUCCUCAAAACCAUAUUCAACAGGUCUGUGAGGCAGUCAUGGCAUCUGGCGAGAACCUAGCCAAGAGACGGAACUUCACAGCUAAGAGCCCCCUGAUGUAUGAAUGGUACCAGGAAUAUUAUGUAGGAGCUGCUCAUGGCCUAGCAGGGAUCUAUUACUAUCUCAUGCAGCCUGGCCUUGGAGUGAGUCAGGCAAAGCUGCACAAUGUGGUCAAGCCCAGUGUGGAUUACGUCUGCCAGCUGAAGUUCCCGUCGGGCAAUUACCCCCCAUGCAUUGAAGAUAAGAGAGACCUGCUGGUCCAUUGGUGCCACGGUGCUCCUGGCGUUAUCUACAUGCUCCUUCAGGCCUAUAAGGUGUUUGGCGAACAGAAGUACCUCAGCGAUGCCUUGCAGUGUGCUGAAGUGAUUUGGCAGUGGGGGUUGCUGAAGAAAGGUUACGGGCUGUGUCACGGUACAGCUGGCAAUGCAUAUGCGUUCCUGACUCUUUACAACCUCACUCAAGACAUGAAAUAUCUCUACAGAGCCUGCAAGUUUGCAGAAUGGUGUUUGAGUUAUGGGCAGCAUGGUUGUCGGACACCAGACACUCCAUUUUCUCUCUUUGAAGGAAUGGCUGGAACAAUAUAUUUUCUUGCUGACCUGCUGGUACCAGCCAAGGCCAAGUUCCCAGCUUUUGAACUGUAAAUUCCAUCCCAGCGUGAAGCUUGUUGCACUUCUUAUCUUUGGAAAAGGCAGAUUAAAUAGAUUUCAUCUCAUAUCUUGGCUAACAUGGGAAAAUCUUUGGGGUUUAUCAGUAUUUUACAUUCUUUUCAGUGUCCAAUCUGCUUUUAAAAGUUACUAGCCGUUUUAUUAUGUGCAUUGUUUAGGUUUACAGGUAAGGAACAGGGUUUUAAAGCUGGCAAAGCACUUUAUUUUGUUGGAGUAUUUUUUUGAAAAAAUCCUUGCUAUUUUAUGUAUCUUAUUUUGAGGAAGGGAGGCUUUUCCCAUUAUGAAUAUAUCUUUCUCAGUUUUAAUGAUAAGGGUGCAACUUGGUUAAUGUUUUGGAAAUAUAGAAGGGAUAAAAUAUAUGGAGCCCAGUUGUUUGUUGUGUGUGUGUGUUAUCCCUUCUAGCUUUCAAAUUACAUAACAUGUAAGAAAUAAGGAGGGGGAAAUACAGUUGGAAUUAAACAUACAGAGAAAAAAGAAGGUGUAAAUUGGGGUUGUUGCAUUCAUAAUCUUCAAGAAUAAUUAUUAAUAUUGGAGGGUAAUAGCAUUUGUUUCCUGCUGCCCUUUGUGUCAAGAGGUUCUGUCCUCAGGGUCUUGUGAUACUCUCACUUUCAAGCUGGAACCUUGGUGGGGGUUUUGAGUAGCUCCAGCUACAGGACAGGUUGUUCUUGAAUAGCAGCAGUGCUUACUUAAGACGUUCUUCAAUAUCUCUGCAAAGGCUUGUAGCUAUGACAGGAAUGUACCAAAGUUUCAUCGUUCUACUUUUAAGCAAAGGUUCUGUUUACUGCUGCUUGCUUCAUCAGCACCCAGUGCAUAAGCUUAUAUCCCCUUGAAGUGAUAAUGCAGUUUCUUCAGUGAAUGCUUUGAGAUCUGUGGCAACCUAGUCUAACAGAGACAUCGUGCAUUUGCAUGUGUUACCUCAUGUAUUUUUCAACCUGCAACAGAUUGGAACUAAUUUGCAUCCUCUAUAGCGCAUCAGUGUGCUACCGGAUCUUUGUGAAAAGGGCUAUCUAAACCCUAAUUUGGUGUCAGACUGCAACGUGGCAUAAGCUUGACUUAAUAGUAGAUUCUCAAAGUAUUCUUAAAAGUGGAAAGUACCCGUAUGAAGUCAGGUAGGCAGCAAACCUCAGCUGAUCUGGGGCUGUGUAAAUGAUAUGGAAAGCUCAAUUUCAGGUUCUGCUUCAGAGGAUGACCAAAUAGUUGGCCUCGGGGUCCGGGAAAAUGCCCAGAGUGCCUACUGCUCUAUUGCUGCUACUAUGUUCCCUUUGUCCAGCGUAUCCAAUAUGUGAUCAGAUUUAGCCUAAAGCAUUUUUAGGUUUGCAUGUCCCGAUUCUCCGAGGUUAGGGGGACCCACUGAGGGGGCCUUGCCUGAGAGCCCCAAAAUCCUGGAGUCAGCCCUGGUAAGUGUCACUGAUAGCUGACUGCUUGGCUCCUUCCAGUGGAUUGUUGGAAGCGACUGACAACUCUGUAGUCUUCCCCAUCCCAUGUCAGCAUAAAUUACUAGGUUUUCCAGUGUAUAUUAUAAUGGAGCAACUUAAAAAUACUUUCAGAGGAGCAGCAGCCAAAGGUUGAUUGGGAUCUGCUAGUAGAUUUGCUGUAGAUAAGUAAGUAGAUAAGUUUUAAUAAUAGUUCUUUAAUAAUAGUAGCAACAAAACAAAACAACUUUUCCCAUCUAACUUAAUCUGCUGAAAUGAAGAAAGCUAACCAGGAGCAUUAAAAGACUAUGAGCUAACUCUAAGGACAGAUCUUUUGUGUCUGCCUCUGGGUUUUAGAUUUUUCGGGUUCUAGCAGAAAUACAAAGUAGAUCUGAAAAACCUGAAGUUUACCCUGUCCUGUUUUAGACCAGUUGUUCUGAAGACGUUGCUAUCUCCUUGACUUUCAGGCAAAACAUUUCCACGCUGGUGUGGACAAUUAAAUUGAAACCUUUUAAACACAAUGAAGCUAAUUUGCCUGUUGCCAGAUGUCACAGUUGUCACAAUUAAAACCGCUUUGGACCAGUA